UCCCGCGACUGUAGUAGUGUAGACAACGCAAACCGAGGGUUGAAGACACCGCGCUCUUCUCUUCUCUAGUCCUUUCUAGUUUCCAUUUCUCCUUUCAGCAAUGGCUUCCCCAUUAUUCACCUUCACCUACACCAUAAUAAGUCUUCGCUGAAAGUUUUAGGGCUUGAAACUAGUCUAUUGCUAAACCAAAUCUGAUGGACUCCGACUACAAGAACAAGGCCAGAACAGCACUCUUCACAAUAAUGGCAUUUGCUUCGUUUACAGUCGUUUUAUUGCUCCUCUCCUUCAGCUACUACUGCUAUUUACGCAACAAAGUGUCCAAUUUCUUGAAAAACCCAAAAGAAGGAAUCGAUUCUGUCGAAAAGGGCAAUGGAGACGCAAAAAAUCAAGUUAUUACCGAAAACGGAAUCCAAGUUUUCACCUUUAAACAGCUGCUUUCUGCAACUGGUGGGUUUGGGAAAUCGAAUGUAAUUGGACAGGGUGGGUUUGGGUUAGUUUACCGAGGAGUUCUUCAUGAUGGGAGAAAGAUAGCUGUGAAGCUUAUGGAUCAGACUGGAAAACAGGGAGAAGAGGAAUUUAGAGUGGAGGUGGAAAUGCGGAGUAGGCUGCGUUCACCAUAUUUAGUUGGGUUAAUUGGUUACUGUUCAGCGAGUCAUCACAGGGUGUUGGUAUAUGAUUUUAUGGCUAAUGGUGGUCUCCAAGAACAUUUAUAUCCAAUCAGAGGAUCUAAUGCGAUUCCUUCAAAUUUAGAUUGGGAAACACGAUUAAGAAUAGGUCUCGAAGCAGCAAAAGGUUUGGAGUACCUUCACGAACAUGUGAGCCCUCCUGUAAUUCACAGAGAUUUCAAAAGCAGCAACAUCCUUCUUGACAAAUCCUUUCAUGCCAAAGUUUCUGAUUUUGGAUUGGCCAAACUCGGGUCUUAUAGAGCCGGUGGUCAUGUUUCAACUCGCGUAUUGGGCACUCAAGGAUACGUUGCACCUGAGUAUGCUCUCACUGGGCAUUUGACCACAAAAUCAGACGUGUAUAGUUAUGGUGUUGUCCUUCUGGAGUUGUUGACUGGUAGAGUUCCUGUUGAUAUGAAGAGGUCUCCCGGAGAAGCUGUUCUUGUAUCUUGGGCUUUGCCACGUUUGACUGAUAGGGAAAAAGUUAUUGAGAUUAUGGAUCCAAGUUUAGAAGGUCAGUAUUCGAUGAAGGAAAUUGUCCAGGUGGCGGCAAUAGCAGCAAUGUGUGUUCAAUCGGAGGCGGAUUAUCGGCCAUUAAUGGCGGAUGUGGUGCAGUCUCUAGUCCCUCUGGUGAAGCAGCAUCAGAGGAUGCAUUCUUCAAAGGUAAGUAGUGCUACGCAGUCUCCUAGGCUAUAACAACCUCAAUCCAUCAAAUCAUGACUUUCAAUUAGUGACACGAAAUCAAAUUUCUACCAAAU